CCGAUCCCUCCCGGCGCGCAGGGACAGCCGAAGUUUUAAAGUGGGGCCGCUGCCCGCUGCUCCUGACAUUCGGGAAGCGGCCAGCCCCCGAGCCCAGGCGCUCGCCGCGCUCCCGCUCCCCUGCUCUCCUGAGCGGGCUGUACAAUCCUCGGCAGUGUCCUGAGACUGUAUGGUCAGCUCAGAGGCCACGAUCGCCACGGCCGCGACAGCGCGGCUCCGAGGACUUGUUUCACACAUACUUUGAUCUGAAUUUGUACGCCCUCCAGCAUUGAGUUUUAUUUUUUGAAAACAUUUUUUAAACUUUUUUCUUGAUUCUCCCUGUACGCAUUUGACAACCUCUCCCCUAUUCCCACCCCUCCACCCUUCCCUUCUACAACCACUCCUCCCGGUUCCUCCUCCCGUCACCUCUCUCCACCCUCUGCUUUCCCCGCAUUUACCCAAUCACCUGCAAACUUCCACCUGAUUUUGCGGAGCGCUUUGGACCCGAGAGCGCUCAGGACUUUUUGAAAUCGGUCCAAAGCCUCAGUAAGCUCUAAGGGCAGCAGUCAUCCGCAGCCGGAGUUUGAAGGCUCCUGGUGGCCCUGCGCGAGAAGCGUGAAAAUGACAGCUGACAAGGAGAAGAAAAGGAGUAGUUCAGAGAGGAGAAAGGAAAAGUCGAGAGAUGCUGCCCGAUGCAGAAGAAGCAAGGAAACCGAAGUUUUCUACGAGCUUGCCCAUGAGCUCCCCCUGCCUCACAAUGUCAGCUCCCAGCUGGACAAGGCUUCCAUUAUGCGUCUGGCCAUCAGCUUCCUCCGGACACACAAGCUCCUGUCCUCAGUGUGCACUGAGAAUGAAACCGAAGUUGAGGCAGACCAGCAAAUGGACAACUUGUAUCUGAAAGCUUUGGAAGGAUUCAUCGCGGUGGUGACUCAAGAUGGAGACAUGAUCUUUUUGUCAGAAAACAUCAACAAGUUCAUGGGACUCACACAGGUGGAACUCACCGGACACAGUAUCUUUGACUUUACUCACCCUUGUGACCAUGAAGAGAUCCGAGAGAACCUGAGUCUAAAGAAUGGACCUGGUUUUGGGAAGAAAAGCAAAGAUGUGUCCACAGAGCGGGACUUCUUCAUGAGGAUGAAAUGCACCGUCACCAACCGAGGCAGAACUGUCAAUCUAAAGUCUGCCACCUGGAAGGUCCUGCACUGCACAGGUCAGGUGAAGGUCUACAACAGCUGUGCCCCCCACAGCCUCUGUGGGUAUAAGGAGCCCUUACUCACCUGCCUCAUCAUCAUGUGUGAGCCCAUCCAGCAUCCGUCCACCAUGGACAUCCCCCUCGACAGUAAGACCUUCCUGAGCCGUCACAGCAUGGACAUGAAGUUCACCUAUUGUGAUGACAGAAUUACCGAAUUGAUUGGCUACCAUCCUGAAGAGCUGCUCGGACGCUCUGCCUAUGAGUUCUACCAUGCCUUGGAUUCAGAGAGUAUGACCAAGAGUCAUCAGAAUUUGUGUACCAAAGGUCAGGUGAUCAGUGGCCAAUACCGGAUGCUCGCCAAGCAUGGUGGGUAUGUGUGGCUGGAAACUCAAGGGACUGUCAUUUACAAUACCCGAAAUCUUCAACCCCAGUGCAUCAUCUGUGUUAACUAUGUCCUGAGUGAAAUCGAGAAGAAUGAUGUGGUGUUCUCCAUGGACCAGACUGAGUCCCUGUUCAAGCCCCACCUGAUGGCCAUGAACAGUAUCUUUGACACCAAAGUCCCUGUGUCGGAGAAGAGUAACUUCCUAUUUACCAAGCUCAAGGAAGAGCCCGAAGAGCUGGCGCAACUGGCGCCUACAGCAGGAGAUGCCAUCAUUUCUCUGGACUUUGGAAACCAGAGCUUUGAAGAAUCAUCUACUUACAACAAAGCCCUCCUGACCCCAAGCCAGCCAUGGCCUGGAGACAUGAAGAAUCACAGUUCCCAGAGUGAGGCCUCAUUUACUGUACCCCAGAUGGCUCAUCCUGGCAGCACUACCCCCAGUGCCAGCAGCAACAGUAGCUGUUCCACGCCAAGCAGCCCAGGAGAUUAUUAUAGUUCUCUGGAUGAAAAUCUAAAGAUGGAAAUGAUAGAGAAGCUUUUUGCUAUGGAUACUGAAUCCAAGAAUCAAUGUAACACCCAGACGGACUUCAAUGAGCUGGACUUGGAGACACUGGCUCCCUACAUCCCCAUGGAUGGGGAAGAUUUCCAAUUGAGCCCCAUCUGCCAAGAGGAACGUCCCCCACUAGAGAAUGCUCAGCCCAGCCCCCAGGCCAAUUUCAGUACCAUGACCAGCAUCUUCCAACCCUUGGCCCCAACAUCCUCCCAUAACCCCUUCAUGCUGGACAAGUACCAACAUCAGAUAGAAAGCAAGAAGUCAGACCUGGACCCCCAGCCAAUGUCAUUCAUAUUCUUUGAUGGAGGGAGCAAGAUGACCCUGCCCCCGUGCUAUGGGCCUGCCAGUACCCCCCUCUCUUCCAUGGGAGGGAGGUCUAAUACCCAGUGGCCACCUGACCCACCGUUAGAGUAUGGACCCAUAAAGUGGACACUAGCGGAUCAAUAUGCCAAAUCUUUGAGAUCUCCCUCUGGGCCCCCUCUACCAGCACCCAACAUCUCAAUGUAUAAGAAAAGUUUGGUGAAGGGAUUGGGGCCACGAGGCCCAGAUAAGAUGAAUCCAGCGAUGAUAGCCCUCUCUAACAAACUGAAGAUGAAGCGGCAGCUGGAGUAUGAAGAACAAAACUUUCAGGACAUGAGUGGGGGAAAUUUGCCUGGCAGUAAUUCUCCUCACCUAAUGUGGAAAAGGAUGAAAAGUCUCAAGGGUGGAAACUGUUCCUUAAUGCCAGAGAAAUCCUUGAGUCUGAGUGUCCUCAAUGAUGAGUUUAUCCAUAAUCCAGCUCUGGGCUUGAGCCAGCCAUUAAGCCAUCUGCCAGCCCCACAACCCCCAUCAUCUUUGGACCCUGGGGAAAAUCCAAAAGCGGCCUAUUCUCCCCAGUUUUAUACUCCCCACUAUCAGGAUUACAACCCACCACCACUGGUUCACAAGUUAUCAGGCAUGACAAGCCGGCUUCUUGGUCCUUCGUUUGAACCUUAUUUGCUGCCUGAAUUGACCAGAUAUGACUGUGAGGUUAAUGUCCCUGUCCCUGGCAGCUCCACGCUCCUGCAAGGGAGUGAACUGCUCAGAGCCCUGGACCAGGCCACUUGAACCAGGGCCAGUCGGUAGCAACCCCUCCCUCGGCCAACACUCUUUCAACAGCGUCAGUUUCUAUUUUUGCAACUAGAUGAUAUUUCUAACACCAAAACACUUUCUACAAGAUGUUCUUAACAUGUCGAAUUUGUCUACGUCACCAAACAGUGGCCUUUCUGAAUUUACUCACUUUAUUAUCCAUGUUUAAAAGAGAAAUAUGUUUCAGCUACUGUAUUUUUCCUCUCUCAAUGAAAAUGUUUAAAAAGUUUAUAUGAUCUUACUUUCUUGAAUCCUGUUAUUUCUAAUUUAUAGUCACCAUGGAUUUUUCUGCAAUAUCUAUACUAACGAGCUGUGGUGUGUGUUUGUGCCUUUGUAGAGAAAACACUUUGGCUCCAUUUUAUUGCAAAGAAUUAUUUUGUAUUGUUGUUGCCAAAGAUAAAUGAAUCAAAAACGAGUCUGCUUCCAAACUGUGGUUCAUGAUUCCCUCGGCCCCCUGUUCUCUGUUCUCUCCUCCCUGGCACUAAUGAUCAUAUUGUAAAUGUAAUGUCUUUUUUUUUUUUCAAGCUGACUAUUCUCAUUAUGAUACCGUCUGUCAGAAACAGAAAUGUGAAGAGUGAGCUGCAAUGUUUGUGGUUAUCUGUGAAAGUGGCACAUUGUAGGUUUUCCUAAAUCGUGUGGUGUUUUGUUUUGGGGGGCUUUUUCCAUUUGGUGGGUUGGUGUUUUUAUUAUUGUUAUUGUUAUUAUUAUUAUUAUUAUACAAAAGCAUACCUGAGGUUUGUAUUUUUUUUUAAGAAAAUUGAUAUCUGGGUUAAGUGUUUAUCAUAUAUAUUGGUACUUUGUUAUAUCUAAAAACUUCAAAACUGAAAUGGAGUCCUGCUCAGAGAUCACUUUAAGAGCUUUUUUUUUUUUAAGCUGUUAAUUUUGUUUGUCCCGGUGUUGCUGAUAUUGCAGGAUUGUACAUAUCUUUCCCAUAGGCUGGCACUAACAUUGCUUGCUAAUUGUCUUUCCUCCACUGUUAGCUCUUUGUGUCAUAUCUGCUGCAGGCCUAAUAGGCAGUCAAAAGUCAGCAGAAUCAAUACACUGAUGCAUUAAAAGACAUAUUUCCCUUAUAUUCUAAGUAUGUAUUAUGUAUGCAUUAUUAUUAUUAUUAUUGUUAUUGCUGGGCCUGAUGUCAUGGGGUGAGGGGUGGGGAGAGGGCUGGAGAAAGCUGAGGGUGGGAGGGAAAUAAUACAACUUUUCUUAAUCUGGGGUUUUGUUGUUGCUGUUGAUGUUGAUAGCCCUUCAAGUUCCUGGAGUGAUGUGAUUCUAUUGGCAUUCCACUUGAGAUAUUAGGAUGCUUUCAGGACUGCCAUUAAAAAUAGCUUUUGAUAUGAAUUAAAGAAAGGAAACAAGAUUCAGAAACAAGAUUUGAUAUAGAGAGCACAGAAGCAAGAUUCAGAAACGAGGUUUGCUGUAUAGAGUGGGCCAGCCUCUCAGAGUGACACCUUUGCAUGGGCACAACAGAGCUAAGGGGCUGAGUACCCAGGAAGGAGUUGGAGUCCAUCAUAGCCCCCAAAGCCUCCGCAAUCUGUGGUCAGACUAAGCUGGAAGGGAAAGCGAAGGGCAACCCCAUACCCAGGUAGGGAGAGGCAAGCUGAAAUUCCUGCUGGUUUCCUGCCUGGAACUGCCCACUCACUGGUGACCAGCCUGCCUGGCAGCUUCCAAGCCAGAUUCUCUAUGUUCUCUUCGCUAACUUGCACUGACUUGCUCAGAAAGGGAAGCACUGUAACUGAGUGUUCCAGGAACACUCUAAUUCACUGUAUAUGGGGAGCUUACUUUUUUUUGGUUUGAAUACACUGAGCAUUUAGAACCUUUUCUGUCAUGAUGGGCGCAUUGAAAUAAACUAUUAAAAACAAACCCAAGUAUGAAAAAAAAUUCAGAACAGGCCAUGAUUUGGUGAGCCUGGAAAGACUCGUCCAAGAUUUUUAAAAAAACAUAAUAACUUUAAAGAGGAAUCUAAGUGCAAAAUGAAUUAAUUUCUCUAGCAUCCAUGUUGGAUGAGUAGCGCUUUGGGCAGAGCAGCUUUGACAAACCUGCAUAGUAUGUGAGUACUUGAAGGGUUAUUGACACAUAAACUCUUGUUUUAUUUCUAUCUCUGUUGCUUCCUCAUUAAAGGGCAUUUUUUUACCCUUGCAAUUUUACUAAAAACACUCUGAAAAAGAUUCUAAACUUCAUAUUAACCUGACCUGUUGGCAUAGUGACUUCAUAAACUAUCAUGAUGACUUCUUACUGAUGAUAUUAUAAGUGUAUGGGAACUUUAACUUUAUAAGGAACUGUAUUUUGCCACUGACACCUUAUUAAAGUAUACUGAUCCUAC